AAUUGGUUUAGUAGGAAAUUUCUAGUGCACGUAAUACAAAACACAAAUGAUUGAAAAGAUCCUUAUUUUGGGUUUUUGCUGCAUCCUGUGUGGUGCUUCCGCUGCCAAUGUUUGCGAGGAAGCAGGUUUAGUAACCACUGAUGGAUUUCUUCCUCAUCCGACAAACUGUUCAAUGUACAUCAGCUGCUAUAAAGGAAAUGCGUACGAGCUUUCCUGCCCAGCAGGAUACUAUUUCAACCCCACGGAAAAACUAUGUGAUGCUAAAUAUGAGUGUCUGGUGAAUAAUUGUCCUCAAACGGGAAUCGCCCGACUACCAGUAGAAGGUGUUUGUGAACAAUUUGUCCUCUGUAUAGGAGGUACAGCCUACCUUAGGCAUUGUGGUGACGGAUUGUUGUUCAAUGCCACCUUGGAAAUGUGCGUCAAUGCCACUGAGUCCACCUGUGUUACGAAUCAAUGCGAUAAAACAUUGGGUCACCCGCAGGGCUUCGAAGAUCCGCACAACUGCAUGGUGUACUACAUCUGUGAUGAAAAUUUUCUGCCAGUGCGAUUUGACUGCCCGAAGGGAACAAUAUUCGACCAGAGCAUAUUGGAUUGCGUGAAAGGAGAGUGUCAAGCUUCUUCUACUACUACUACAACUACUGCUGCGACCCAAACGUCUACUUCAUCUAGUAGUACAAUUACAGGUAGUACAGUUACUGGAAGUACAGUUACUGAAAGUACAGUUACUGGAGGAAGUACAGUUACUGGAAGUACAGCUACUGGAAGCACCGUAACUGAUAGUUCAACUGAUACAACUUCAACUACUACUGAAAUAGCUUCAUUGAGCAAUAUGUUCAAACACUUUUUCAAAUCAGAAUAAUUGGUGCGGUAUAAUGUAAAAAUCACGCAGUUCUUUAUUGUGUAAACACGAGAACUCAGUGACAUCGGGUUUUUAGUGUAUUAUACGUAAUUGUCGUAUUAAAUCAACAAGUCAACUGUAUUUUAUAAAUCUUCUUUUCUGAAUGAAAACAAAAUACAAGAAAUUUUUUUUAACCAUUAUACUGUAUUUAAAACGACACUAAAUAUAUUAUUC